GAAAAUGGCCCAUUUGUUGCAGUAGCGACAGUCAGGCACCGAUCACCAGAGGAACUCCGAGAGCUUUGGAAAAAAGCCAUCUUACAACAGAUCCUGCUUCUCAGAAUGGAAAAAGAAAACCAAAAACUGCAAGCAUCUGAAAAUGACUUACAAAAUAAACGGCUGAAGCUUGAUUAUGAAGAGAUCACUCCUUGUCUAAAAGAUGUGACUCUUGUGUGGGAGAAGAUGCUCAGCACACCUGGAAGAGCAAAAAUAAAGGCUGAUAUGGAAAAAAUUCAUGCUGCUAUUGGACAAGGAGUACCUAGACCUCACCGUGGAGAAAUAUGGAAGUUUUCAGCAGAGCAGUAUCAACUGAGACACCAAGUCCCCCAUAAAAGCCAGUUAAAAGAUAUUCCCUACAAAGAACUGCUGAAGCAACUGACCACACAGCAACAUGCAAUACUUAUUGAUUUAGGACGCACCUUCCCGACACACCCAUACUUCUCAGCCCAGCUGGGAGCAGGACAGCUGUCACUGUACAACAUUCUGAAGGCCUAUUCCUUGCUGGAUCCUGAAGUGGGUUACUGCCAAGGACUCAGCUUUGUUGCCGGAGUUCUGCUUCUACACAUGAGCGAAGAAGAUGCCUUUAAAUUGUUGAAGUUCCUCAUGUAUGACAUGGGCCUGAGGAAGCAGUAUCGGCCCGAUAUGGUCACUUUACAGAUUCAGAUGUACCAGCUGUCUCGCCUUCUCCAUGACUAUCACAGAGAUCUGUACGACCACCUGGAGGAAUAUGAGAUAGGCCCCAGCCUCUAUGCUGCCCCUUGGUUCCUCACCAUGUUUGCUUCCCAGUUCCCCUUGGGCUUUGUGGCCAGAGUGUUUGAUCUGAUUUUUCUCCAGGGAUCAGAAGUUAUAUUUAAAGUAGCUCUAAGUUUGCUGGGGAGUCAUAAACCCCUAAUACUACAGCAAGAAAACCUUGAAUCCAUUGUGGAAUUCAUAAAGAACACUCUUCCAAACCUGGGGUUGGUUCAAAUGGAGAAGACAUAUAAACCAGGUGUUUGAAAUGAACAUUUCAAAGCAGCUGCAAGACUAUGAGGUGGAGUAUCAUGUGCUGCAAGACGAACUGAUAGACUCCUCACCGCUCAGUGACAAUCAGAGAAUAAAUAAGUUAGAAAAGGCAAAUAAUGGCUUACGCAAACAAAACUUUGACCUUCUGGAGGAGUUACAGGUAUCUAAAGGAAGAAUCCAAAGUCUGGAAUCCACAAUUGACAAUCUUCAAAACAAUGAGGCCAAAUUAAAAACAGUCGCUCCGCACUUUGGAACUGGAGAGAUCAGCCUUGUUAACAACAAUAGAAGAACUGAAAAAACAGAUCAUGGUCUACCAGGAGAAUGGUGUUCAGUUUGAGCAGAAACCUUGA